ACAUGUGGACCAGAAUAGGUAGUCGGACAAGUCACAAAAUGGAUACCGGAGAGCAAAAAACCACUUUAUAGAUCGCCCAAGACAACGAUAAGUGGACAGAGAUCAAAAAGACCUUACCAGCAUGCUGGGCAUUAAGCAUACACAAUAGUAAAGAGAUUGAAGAAGAUACCAUUGAAAAAUCAAUAAUGUAUUCAAAAAUAAUCAGUGGGGUUAAGACCUUAUUUAACUGGCUAAUAACUAAUAACAAAUAUUAGGAACAUGGAAACCUGCUUUAUUAUAAUAUAAGUAAAUAUAUUAUUUUGAUUGUUCAAUAUUAUAUUUCGCUCGUCACGUAUGGACGGAUUUAAAAGUCGUCAAUCGUGUAUCACUACAAUUGAAGAAGAUAGUAAUCAAUCUUGUAUUAUUACAAUUGAAGAAGAUACCAAAUCAAUAAUGUACUCAAAAAUAAUUAGUGGGGUCUUAACUGUUAUAUGUGUCGGCCUAUUAGUAACAAUUAUAAUGUUAUUGAACCCUAACUCCCGACGGACUCUGGCAUUUUCCAAUGGAACAAUGGACAAUGGAACAAAUAUUGAGUCCACCGAAGGAGGAGGACUCUUGAAUACCGUAUGGAAGGCUGUAAGACCAAUUAUUUCGCCGGACACUGCAGCCUCCGAACUAUCAGUAGCAAAUGCUACUAAAUUUAGGAUUAAUCAUAAUAACAAUAAUCAUAAUAACAUAAGUUAUAAUAUAGUUAAUAAUUAUUACAACUGUAAUCACAAACAAUAAAUCAUAUGCCGGUUUCGCUGCAGCUAUCACUGAACCAGUAGUGAUUAUGGAUUAUCAUUAUCAUUUGAUCAUUAUCAUUAUCACAUUUCAUUAUUGUCUACAUGUCUGAUCAUUCUUAACUUAAUUACCAUUGUUUGUCACUAUUGUUAUCA